AUGCUCAGAACCCUCCUCACUCGACCACUCUCCACCACCACCGCAGUUGCUCGCACCAUGUCCACCUCCGUCCUCUCGCCUGCUGAACUCGCAGCCGCUACCAAGCCCGCUCUCGAGGCGGACCUCGUCUACUUCAGCGGCCAGACGACCGAUAGCCAGAAACCCUACCAACUCCAGUUCCCCUCCCCCGGUCCACACCUCCCCCCAACGAACGCCAUUCUCCAAACCCACCGUACACCGAUCCACGACCUCCGCCCCUUGAUCGGCACCGACGCAGCGAAGAGCAUCUCGACCGAGACGACUGGGUUCGGGAUCUUGCCGCGUGAGAGGACACAGACCAAGAUGAGCUAUGAGGAUUGGGCGGAUGAGGAGAAGGUUCGGAGUGUGUACUACAAGGAGGUUGAUGAACUCUUCAAGCGCGAGUUUGGAGCGACGAGGACCAUCAUCUUUGACCACACGAUCCGCCGCACCGAGCCGGAAGGGAAAGAGACGCCCGACACGCCCUCGAACCGCAAGCCCGUCGCGCGGGUACAUGUGGAUCAGACCCCUGCGUCGGGCGAGCGCCGAGUCCGUCGCCACGCCGGCGCAGACGCAGACCGUCUCCUACGCGGCCGCGCCCAACUAAUCAACCUCUGGCGCCCCCUUCGCGGUCCAGUCCUCGACAUCCCCCUCGCCGUCUGCGACGCGCGCACUCUCUCUCCCUCCAACGACCUCGUCCAAUCGCGCUUACUCUACCCGAGCGAAGGAGAAGGCGCACAGCCGGAGGGCGAGACGUUGAAUGUCAAGUGGGCCGAGGGGCUGAGGUGGUAUUACUUGAGUGAGAUGGGGGCGGACGAGGUCCUCCUCCUGAAAUGCUGGGAAUACUCGCCCGAAAACAAAGUCGGUACGAUCACGCCUCACACGGCGUUCGUCGACCCGCGGUACUACGGCAAGGAAGGGGUCGAAUUGAGGGAGAGUAUCGAGGUGAGGGUGUUGGUGUUCCACGAACCGGAGGAGUGA